CACUCUACAGUUGGGCAUAGGCGGUUAUCGUAGUGGUUUUGUUACGAUGCAAACAUCUCUUUCAUUAUAUUUAAAUUAAUUUUAUAAAAAUUAAUUUGUUAACUUUUAAGAUAAUUUAAAUAAUAUAAUUAAGCUAAUCACACACAAGCUAAAAACCUUUUGUUAUCCCAAUUUUUGUUACUUCUCGUAACUUACCCCGUGCAGGGUAUUCGCGAAUUAAUGCCACUGCCCCGCGAUUUGCCGUGUUUUGGUUUUUGCGACAACGUAGCCGCUUUGACGACUUCUCCCACAUCCACGCUGGCUAUGGCGCACUGACCAUGCCCAUAAUUGAAUUAGCGCCACUGAUUGACUCCUCCUCCGACCGAAGCAACGAUGCAGCAUUGGAUCUACGUCUACAAGUUGCUGCUCUGCACGGUCCUCCUCCUCCUGCUGCUGCUGGCAAGCGAUGUCAGCGGUCAGAAGCACUUCACCAGGGCCCGGAAACUGGAGCUGAGAGAGGAUGUGCGCCGCAUGUUCCAGCACGCCUACGAGGGCUACUUGCGCCACGCCUCCAACUACGACGAGCUGCGUCCGCUCACCUGCGAUGGCCACGACACCUGGGGCAGCUACUCCCUGACGCUGAUUGACGCCCUGGACACGCUGGCCGUCAUGGGUAACUUCACGGAGUUCCAGCGAGUCACCCAGCUGCUGGAGCAGAAGAUGAACUUCGAUCGGGACAUCAAUGUGUCCGUGUUCGAGACAAACAUCCGCAUCGUUGGUGGCCUACUUUCCGCCCAUCUCCUUUCUAAACGGGCCGGUCUUGAUCUAGAGCAGGGCUGGCCCUGCCAAGGACCACUGCUCCGUAUGGCGGAGGACGUGGCCCGGCGGUUAUUGCCCGCCUUUGACACGAACACGGGAAUGCCGUACGGAACGGUGAACCUGCGCUAUGGCGUGCCCAAGGGGGAGACUUCGGUCACGUGCACGGCUGGAGUGGGGACUUUCCUCAUUGAAUUCGGAACUCUGAGCCGGCUGACCGGCAAUAGCAUUUACGAGGAGGUGGCCAUGCGGGCGGUCCAUGCUCUUUGGGCUCACCGCUCCUCCAUUGGUCUUUUUGGCAAUCACAUCGAUGUCCAGAGCGGACGCUGGACAGCUCUUGAUUCGGGCAUCGGCGCCGGUGUGGAUUCCCUUUUCGAGUACCUGGUGAAGGCCUCCAUGCUGCUCAACCGUCCCGAGUUGCUGGAACUCUUCCACGAGGCCCGCUCAGCCAUUGACAAGUAUAUGCGGAAGGAGGACUGGUACGUGUGGGUCGGCAUGAACAAGGGCCACGUCACCCUGCCCGUUUUUCAGUCUCUGGAGGCCUUUUGGCCCGGCAUACUCAGCAUAGUUGGUGACACGGAGCCGGCGUUGCGCACCAUUUCACGGUACAUUGGUGUGUGGAAGAAGUACGGCUUCCUGCCGGAGUUUUACAACAUAGCCGCAGGGGAGGCAUCGCCCAAUCGCGAGGUGUAUCCCCUGCGGCCGGAGCUCAUCGAGUCGGCCAUGUAUCUGUAUCGGGCGACGCGCAACGAAUAUCUCCUGGAGCUGGGCGAGCACAUGCUGGAGACGAUUGAGUUUAGUGCCAAGACCAAGUGCGGAUAUGCCACGAUUCGCAAUGUGGUCACCCACGAGAAGGAGAACCGCAUGGAGUCGUUCUUCUUGGCGGAGACCAGCAAGUACCUGUAUCUUCUCUUCGAUGAGGACAACUUCCUGCACGACGACGGCUCUGGCGGUGAGUUGGUAUCCACCGAAGACGAUGUGUGUGUGGUACAGGCUGGCGCCUAUAUUUUUAACACGGAGGCCCAUCCCAUGGACAUGUCUGCCUUGCACUGCUGCCAUGCCCACAAGGAGGACAUAUAUGCCGGCCUGGAUCUGCAGCGAUUCAGUGUGCGUUCCAUUUUCGAGAGAAGCAGAGAACGUCAGGUGGCUGUGCAGGAACAGUGGACGCCACAGUGUCAUCCAGGGAAUUACGAGCAUUACUACGAGCAGGAGAGAGAGAGGGACGGGGAGAAGACGGAGAAGGCUGCUGGCAAGGAUAAUGGCGAGUCGGCAACCACAACCAUGGCCGUAGAUAUUGAGGUGUUCGAUGAGUUCCAACAGCCCGCCGGCGAUCUGCUGGUCAGCAACUUUGAGCGGAUACGCGAGGAGCGGGAGCUGAACCAGAGUCUGCAGCGAAGCGAGGUGCCGCGCAAUCAGCUGACUGUAAGUGACCUGGACGACUUCUUUGCCCAGCGAAGGGAGAACUUUGCCAGCGCCGCCGAAGCCCUCAACUAUGUGCUCUCCUUCAUGGGUAACUUUACCAUGGACGUGGCCUUUAUCCGGGGACUACAGCUUUAUGACACCAACAUCAGCAGUGUCCUGGGUCCAGGUGCCCAGAAGGAGUACGAGUCGCGCAUGCGAUCCCUCUGGCAGCUGUACGAACUGGAGCAGCAGUAUGCGGCCAAUAUUCGGCUAAUCCAGGGCCUGGGCUUGCUCAGUUUCCAGGCGGACGGCGAACGCAUGCAUGGCCACUUGGCGAAUGUGCUAGAGAGCCUGGACAGAUCGUCAUCUUUUGAGGAAGUGCAGACCAAUGGCUCCUCCUCCUCAUCUGCCUCCCCAUCAAUGCCUUUGACCGAUAUCCGGCAAGUAAUCCUGCAAGCACGUAAUGGUUAUGCCAUGGCCAUAGUCAAUACCACUGCCAUGCAGGAGUUUGCCCAACGCAUCUACCUCUCUGGCACCACAGAUGCAGCGGGACGCUAUCGACCGCUGCUGGAGCCCGAUGAAUUGCGUCAGGAGGACCGCCUGAGGCCCAUGAAGCCGGCCGAGGAGCGUGAACUCUUUCGCUACGCCCGACGCAUUAUUGAUUUCCGAAAACGCAUGGCCGAGACGGUGGACCGUUUGCAGACCCUGAUGCAGGAGACUCCACUGGCCGCCAAGAGCAAGGAAGCUGCCGUUAAGGAGGAUGCCCAUCAUCAGGCAUCUGGCCAAGCGGAGGUGGCCACUGUCUAUGCCGAUAGCAAAGCCAAGGCGCUUGAGGUCAUGACGACGGCUCAGCCUGAUGAGUCCAAGCCCCAUAACCACCAGAAGGAGAAGAAGCAGCUCACGGAAACUACUACUGCUGCUGCUGCUGAUUUGGAAAUGGAGCCCGAGGAAACCGGCUCCGUUUGGUCGCAGUUCGUUCAGACCAUACUGCGUAAGACCACCGUGCAGCGGGUCAAGUUCGAUGAGGCCGUCCUUCUAGAGAAGACGCGCAAGGCUUUGGAGAAAUAUGCCGAUAAGGAGUUGCCUCAUCAUCUGUUUGGCUGCCAUCGGCCGGAGUAUAUCGAGGCCUUUGCCUAUCGGGACUUUUAUCCAGAUGCCCUGUAGUCCUGUAGAAUGACACCUCCUAAACACGACUGAUAUAUGUAGAUAUAUGUAUUUAGUUAAGUUAAGGGGCUUGGCUUGGCUUGGCUUGGCUUGGCUUUUGGGAGAAGCAGAGAAUCCUCAGACAUCUCGCAGAGAUUUAAUUGCUCUUUGGGGUAUGGAUAAAUACCUCAGCUAAUUGGGAAAAGGUGGUAGACAACACUGGCCUUUCAUGCAUUUUUUUUUAGCUUGUUUUUAAAUUAAAAUGUUUAACAAAAUAGAUAAAUUUAGUGUCUUUUCGAUUGAUUCUGAAGGGUAUAUAUCCCCAUGAUUUCUUAAAAUUUAAGUCUCAAAAUGUUGUACAUUUCUCUUUUGAAACUUUUAAGCCUUAACAAUUAUUUAAGAAUAAAUAUAUUAGUUUAAAGAAGCAACAGGUUUUCAGGCCUCUGUGUAAAUACCCCCCGCCGCAAUUAAUUUAUUACGCACUCUUGUAUAUCCUUACUCAAGACAUUGCUAGGGCUUACAUACAUAUAUUACUUGUUUAAGGUCCUAUACAUUCUACAUGUCCUGCCGAGUGCGGGUGUGCGUGCCCAGCCAAGCCUGGAUUGUAAUUAAAUUGAUUUAUUUGUG